GGGCAAAAAAAAGAGCUAGAAAGAGAGAGAGCGCUAGAGACACUCACACGGUGCAGACCUCACUGCUGGUGGAGUUCGCUCUGCUGCAGCUCAAACGUGACUUCCAACAUUUGAUUAUUUUUUAUUAUUGUUAUUAUUAUUAUUGCUGUUAUUUAUGCACACUCCUAUUUAAGUAAACAGAGCAUACUCAUGUGCAAGAUGUAGCUAUUGAUCUCAAACUAAACAAUGUUGCAAUUGCAUUUGUGAUUGUGAAUACAAACAAUAACAAAAAAAGCACAGGGCGUCGUUUAGUAUUGCGAUUUUUUUUCUUCGUUUCCAAGAAGAUUUUUUUUCCCCUACUAUGAUCGUUUUGUUAAUGUAAUUUUUUUUUUUGUAUGCAUCGGACGCCUUUUCGUUUCUCCCCGAAAGGAGGAUUAGUUUCAAGGUGAAUCUUUCGACCGAGAGUAAAAGAAAAAAAAAAACUCGGAUUACCAGCUCUACCACUAAAACCAGCCAAAAAAAUCAGGAUAUUUGGUUAUCGCGAUUUUGUGACGGGCCUUUAUUAAUUCAUGAGGCAAUUGUCGUCUUUUACGGACCCCAUCUGGAUAUCAGAAUGAGCAAGGAAAGGCCCAAGAGGAAUAUCAUUCAGAAGAAAUAUGAUGACAGCGAUGGUAUUCCCUGGUCAGAAGAAAGGGUGGUGCGAAAGGUGCUUUACCUAUCUCUCAAAGAGUUCAAGACUGCGCAAAAGAGACAAAGUGAUGACUGCAUUAACGGCAGCUUCAAAACUCCAAAUGGUCUGCUCCUGAAAGGACAGUCUAAAGGAUCAGUACAGUCAUCUGAAACUGAGAAGGAUGACACCUCACAAAUGUCUUCAAACACCAACAGCGUGACGUCCUCUGACUCUGAAGAUGGGCCCGUGAGGAAAAGGCCAAGGCUGCAAGCACAAAGGAAAUUUGCCCAAUCCCAGCCAAACAGUCCCAGCACAACCCCCAUUAAAAUUGUGGAGCCGUUGCUACCACCUCCAGUUACUCAGAUAUCUGACCUCACCAAGCGUAAGCCCAAGACUGAAGAUUUCCUCACCUUUCUGUGUCUUCGAGGGUCUCCUGCGUUACCCAACAGCAUGGCAUAUUUUGGAAGUUCUCAAGAUGACGAAGAUGUCGAAGAAGAAGAUUUAGAGUUUGAGGACGCAAAAACCUUCACCACUAACACUUCAUCCUCAUGCCAUUCAACACCUAGGAAAAGGAAAACGCACAAACACGUUACCAAUGGACAUAUUUUUAAUGGGUCUUAUAAAUCGUCAAAAGAGAAGGAAAGGUCUCACAGACACAAAAGGAAAGAGCGGCAUGGUGAUCAUAAGUCUGAGAGCCGGAGAGAGUCCGCGGCUGCUAACCACCAUCCUGCUUCAAACACGGGCUCCUUGGCCAAAGGGCUCGCUGCUAAUAACCACCACAGUCAUCUUAGAUCGGCUCAGGACUUAAGAAAACAGGUUUCCAAGUUGAAUGGAAUUACCAGAGUGUCAUCGUCUGGUUCUAAUGCAGUCAGUGCCAAAAAGACGAGAGAAGCAAGACCUUCGCCGUCCAAAACUGUGAAGUAUACUGCAACAGUGACAAAGGGAACUGUCACAUACACCAAAGCCAAGAAAGAACUGGAUAAGGCAACCAAACUUAAUCACAGCAAAACCAGUUCGUCUGUUCACCACACAAUCUCAGGGACCACAGAAAGCAGCAAUGCAAAAACUCGCAAACAGGUGCUAUCUCUUUCCACAUCCAAGCCCAACUGUGCCGCUGUUAUUAACGGUGUCAAGGUGAAUGGCAAGUUGAACAAAAAAACAUGCACUAGGGAGGAAGGGAGGCAGCUACGGGAGGGACUGCGGAAUUCAAAAAGACGUCUAGAGGAGACAAACCUUUCUGACAAGGCACAGCCCUCUCUAAAGAAAAUUAAAGUAUCCGCCAGCUUGCCAGAGGUGCGCAGCAAAAGGCUAGCAGCGGAGAAACCGGUGCUUAAUGGACACACAAAGAAGGAAGUGCCAGAGAAGAUGCUGGAGAGGAACAGGCCAAAGCGGGUCUCAGUAGCCAAGAGCACACCAGAUACAAAAACACACGAGAAAACGGAAGGUGCUGUCUGUGAAAAUAAUUCUACCUCUAACACCUAUUCCUCACACAAACAGCUGGACUCUUCAAAGCCAGACAAAAACACCGGGAGGCCCAGGUGUACAGCCAUGUGUGAGAUACCUAUCCUUCGACCCUCUGCCAAGGAGUUCCAUGACCCACUGAUCUACAUUGAGUCUAUCCGAUCCAGAGUGGAGAAGUAUGGGAUGUGCACGGUGAUUCCCCCCCCAGACUGGAGACCGGAGUGCAAGUUGAAUGACGAGAUGCGAUUUGUGACCCAGAUCCAGCAUAUUCACAAGCUUGGUCGUCGCUGGGGUCCAAAUGUUCAGCGGCUUGCCUGCAUCAAAAAGCACCUCAAAUCUCAGGGCAUCACCAUGGAUGAGCUCCCACUGAUAGGAGGUUGUGAGCUAGAUCUGGCUCGUUUUUUCCAACUCAUAAACGACAUGGGUGGUAUGCAACAAGUGACUGACCUCAAGAAAUGGAGUAAACUGGCGGACCUGCUUCGCAUCCCGAAAACUGCACAGGAUCGUCUGGCAAAGCUGCAAGAGGCGUAUUGCCAAUAUCUGCUCUCCUACGACUCACUUUCCACUGAAGAGCACAAGAAACUGGAGAAGGAAGUCCUGCAGGAGAAAGAAAACCUGGAGAAAAAGAAAGGUCCACUGGAGGGUCACUCGGAAAAUGCCUAUAAGUUACAUUUGUUGCCCAGAUAUGAGCCCAAGAAUGGACUAAUAAAUGGAGUGGUGCCACGCAAUGGCCUUCGAGGGAAGCUAAGGGAGAUGGAUGUACCAACAAAAAAUGGCAGGAGGAGGCUGUUCCCUCAAGAAAAAGAAUGUGCAGAAGAAGAGCCGGAAGAAAAGGGUUUAUUUGGGGACCUUCACAAGUGUAUCUACAAAGGAAGAUCUAUGUCACUCACAACCUUCUACCGGACAGCCAGGAACGUGAUGAACAUGUGUUUCAACAAAGAGCCCACAGUAGCAGAAGUUGAGCAAGAGUAUUGGCGUAUUGUCGAGCAGCGGUAUUGUCAUGUGGCUGUGCAUUGUGGAAAAGUUGACACAAAAACUCACGGGAGUGGUUUUCCUGUAGGAAAAACAGAACCCUUUUCAAGGCAUGGAUGGAACCUCACUGUCCUUCCUAAUAAUUCAGGAUCCAUCCUGCGACAUCUUGGUGCUGUCCCUGGAGUAACUAUCCCCUGGCUAAAUAUUGGCAUGGUUUUUUCUACCUCGUGCUGGUCUCGAGACCAAAAUCACCUUCCAUAUAUUGACUACUUACAUACUGGUGCAGAUUGCAUUUGGUAUUGCAUUCCUGCUGAGGAAGAAAGCAAACUUGACAAAGUGGUACACACUCUACUACAAGCCAAUGGUACUCCUGGUCUGCAGAUGCUUGAAAGUAACGUCAUGAUCUCCCCAGAGGUUCUUAGUAAGGAGGGGAUCAAGGUGCACCGUACUGUACAGCAGAGCGGGCAGUUUGUCGUCUGCUUCCCUGGAUCCUUUGUAUCAAAAGUGUGCUGUGGAUAUAGUGUUUCUGAAACUGUGCACUUUGCCACCACCCAGUGGACAAGUAUGGGCUUUAAAACUGCCAAGGAAAUGAAGCGUCGUCAUAUAGCAAAGCCCUUCUCCAUGGAAAAAUUACUUUAUCAAAUUGCCACGGCAGAAGCAAAGAAAGAGAACAGUCCAACGCUGGGUAUCAUUUCUUCUCUGCUCGGAGAGCUCAGGGAUACGGAGCUGAGGCAACGCCAGGAGCUCUUCAAGGCGGGUCUCCUCUCUUCAGCACGCUACGGGAGUCAUGACACCAGCACCUCAACGUUGGAUGGAAAGAAGAAGCCUAGAAAAUGGUUGCAAUUUGAGACGUCGGAAAGAAGAUGUCAGAUCUGCCAGCAUCUGUGCUACCUUUCAAUGGUUGUACAGGAGAAUGAGAACGUAGUGUUUUGCCUGGAAUGCGCUCUACGUCACGUAGAGAAACAGAAGUCAUGCCGUGGACUGAAACUGAUGUAUCGUUAUGACGAGGAACAAAUAAUUAGCUUAGUUAAUCAGAUCUGUGGGAAGGUGUCUGGUAAAAACAGCAGCAAUGAGAACUGUCCAAUUAAAACUACACCAAAAAGAGGACCAAGGAAGAGAGCCACUGUUGAUGUGCCAUCAUCGAGACUUUCAACAUCCAGUACAUCCAAAAGUGCUACAGUUUCAUCAUGAAGAUGACAACACUCAUUUCUCUGAUUAUACAAAUAUAUAUAUAUUUUUUCUAAUCAUACCCUAGUUUGGAGUACUUGCUGUAGAAUACAUGCUGUCUUUGCACUAGCUCUAAAAAGACUGAGUUUUUUUUCUUCUGGUUUUUAGAGAAGUAAAUUUGUUUUAGCAUUAAACUGUUGGGGGAUUUUUCUCCUUUUUUAGGAUUUUGUACUUAGCCGCUGCUAUUGUUAUUUGGAUACAGCAGCAUAGUCACAGUUUUAUUUUUAUUAUUUUUUUUAUAGACAUGCGAUUUCUUCCUAUAGCCCAAUAGACUGAAUUGGAAAAAAGCCUUCCAUUAUAACAGGCAUGAGAAAGAGGCUUUGGAAGCGUUUUUGUUGAAGAUGGUGUUUUUAAGGUUUUUUCCUCAAUUUACCCCCUUCAGUCACAUAUUUCUUUUUCUGAUCAAGGGAGCAGUUUUUCCAGAGAGGGAAGUGAAAACUUGAACGAACCUGCUUUUACUUGGCUGUCUAUCAUUUUGGGUGCAAGAUGAGGUGUUUUUUUUGUUCUUUUUUUAAACUGGGAUUUAAAAAAAAUCUAUAUGUAUAAAAAAACAAAUCUGCAGAUGGUUUGGCAGCUGAAGAUGGACUUUUUGAAAAACCUGAGCAGAAAUUUGAAGAAGAAAAAAAGUUCUCUUACCAGCACAUCUCUAUGCAUCUGUUAAUGGAGAAGAAUAAAACUAUCGAUGAACUCAAGCAAUGCCUGUCUGGCAAAAGUUACAUGGAGGGGGUGGGAGGGGAUUAUAAACUGUGCCUGAUUUCACAAGGAAUCCAUUCUGUUAUUUUUGGUGCUGUUGGCUACUUUAUCAAAAAGAGAAAAAAAAAUCAAUAGCAUCCUUUUGAAAAGGAAUUUAAAUAUAUAUAUAUAUAAAGUGGUUGAAGCCAGAAGUGCUUCUUGGUCAUAGAUGUGCAAUCUCUCUAACAUUCCAUUUCCAUUCCACUGCUGUCUCAACACAUCACACAAUCAGCAUUAAUAUAAAUAUAUUAUAUUAUUUUUAUUUUUUUUAUAUAUAUAUAUUUGUUUCCAUUCUAUCUAGUUUGCAGAUCUUGCAGUAGAGUUGGAAAUACUUUAACGAUCACCUUUUAGAGCCACUAGGUCUGUUUUGUUUUUUUUGUCGUGAAUGUGAAAAUUAUUUUUUUCAUUUGCCAUUUUUCCUGUUUCUUGCUGAAGAGUAAAGUGAAACAACAACAACAAAAAAAAAAUCACACUUUUUUGUACAUAUGCUUGUAAAUUUUUUUAAAUACUUGAGCCUUCUUCUGGGGAUUUGGGGUGGACAGGGGACGGUGAGAAGACAAGAUGAAGAAAAAGCCUUACAUUUCAGUUUCUUCAUCAUAUGGUUUGGAUGCUUACAGGGUUCUUCUUGUAACAUAAAUAAGUGCUGCUUACAUCACUGAACAACUAAAAAAAAAAUGGUAAUUUGCCCCCCUUUUUCUGGUUGUUUGUAUGUAUGGGACUAAAGGAAAAUAAAAACAAAAAAAGGGAAAACGUCUUCACAAACGUGUUCUUUGUUUCAUGACUGAACAAAAUUGAAAACCGUAGCUAGCCAUAUUGCACUGAACUCGCCAGUGGUAACUAUUGGGAGAGUGUCCUUUAAUACAAUUUGUUGGUUGUUGUUGCAGAAGACUGAACUGUUUUGGUUUUUUCCCCCCUUUUUUUAAUAUUUAACAAUAACAUAAAAUGAGUCAAGUGUUUUUCCAAUGUGGUUGUCCAGUUUUAUGGCCUUGCUGUGUAUUUUUCCCUCUUGACAGUAAAACUUCUAUGACUACGGCUUACAGGUUGACAUUUAAUUUAUUAGCACUGUUCUGCUCUCUUUCCUAGUGAUGGAAAGACUCCAUGUUGUUUAUUGCCAGUUUUGUUUACUUUUCAGUUUUGUACAACAAGGUUUAAUAAUAAAUAAGACAAAUUGUUUUUGAAA